UUAACAGUCGAUGUUGCAAAACAAUCAACGAGAACAUCGAAGCGAAAUGCUUCAACUGUGGUGGCGACCAUUCGACGAAGAAUCGGAGCUGCCCAAACAAGCCGAAUUUGUGAUAGUUCGCAGCAAGCGUCGUCGAGGCACCAACCAAAUCGUUGCAAAACACCACCAGCAUUCACCAUUCAGCAUUUAUAGCAGGGAUGCCAUGUCUGUGUAUGUAUGUGAAUUUGAAUUAUUAAGGCUAACGAAAUAAGUUCCAGUUGAUAUUUUUACAAAAUAUUAAUUCAAUGAAGUUUUUUAAAAGUCUGUGCAUCUAAAAAUAUGUCUGGCAUAAGCUCAAAUGUCUGUGAAACACAGACAAAUCUGUUUAUCUGACAUCCUUGGUUCAUAGUUUACUCGUUCUAAUGAAUAUUUCAAUGAUUUUUUUUAUUUAGAUUAAAAUUAGGAUAAAUUGUUAAAGUAAUUUUUUUUACAAAAAUGUUUUCUAUUCAAUGCAGUUAAUAAAUAAACGAACAGUACAACAAAGAUAAAGGGCAUUUAGGCAUGCCACUUGACAUGGUUAAGAAUUGUAAUUAUUAUUAGAAAGUUCAAUAAAGAUACAUUUAAUUUAAAAAAAAUAUUCGUAAUUGAUUGACGUCUUAAUAAUUUAUUUAAAAAAAACUAAGCUUUAUCUUAUUCAAAUCUACCCCUUCUAACGGUAUCUGCUGCUACGGCUGUCCGGAAACUCACGCCCGGUACAAAAUCCCACCCUCCCGGACUCCGGACUUCCGUUUCCGUUGGAUGCGUCCGAAUCGUGUCGUCUCCAUCCAGCGCCAGUGUGUGUUCCGCAACGAGCUGCUCAAAUACGGCGGUCGGUACGGCCGAAGCAACUGCGUGGCCGCCUGCCGCAUCCGGAGCGUGGUCGCGCUCUGCGAGUGUGUUCCGUUUUACAUGCCGACGGCGGCCGGUGUCGCCGGUGACCGGUCCCUAACGGUCUGCAAUCUGCAGCACAUCGUCUGUUUGAACAAGUACAAAAUCAAAUGGUCCACGGUAAUCACCAACAUCGUCGACAUCCCGGGCCUGGAGAAAGAAAUGGAAGAAUCGCUGUACUGCCCGGAGUGUUUACCUUCGUGUACCAACACCAAGUACCACAUUUCGACCUCGGAACUGCCGCUCAUCCCAACUCGCCGCACUGGGUUCAGCUUCACCCGGGGCAUCGAGGACGUUUCGGAGGUCGCCGUCGUGCGGAUCUUCUUCGGCCAGCCGGAAACGUGGAUGUACAAGCAGGACGUGGCCUCGUAUUGGUUCGAGAUAUUCAGCAAUUUUGGCGGCAUGUGCGGCAUCAUGGCUGGCCUCUCGCUGAUAAGCGUUUCGGAAAAUGUUUACUUCGUGCUCAGACAGUUUGUGUUGGUCGCGCUGGCCCGGUUCGGGGGCGGACGGUGGUGGGAGAACCGGCGACGGGCACGCCACCAACGGAGGCUCGCCGUGACCAUGCUGGAAUGAGGGGGGCCAGCUGGAGGAUUUGGCAGAGGCGUUUCGGAUGACAAAAAUUGGUUUUAUGAGUGUUAUGAUUCAGAUACCU